UAUAAACUUUAUCUAGUAAAUUACGUUUACUUAAAAUGCAUUUUGUUUGUUUUGUUACUGAAAGGUAACUUAGCACCUCGUGGUGUCUGAUCGACAGGAAAUGUAUCUACUUCCAGCUAAAGCUAGCGUCUGUCAAUAGUUUCUUAGUUGUAUUUUUUGCGCAUACUUUGAUAUAUACUGUACUGUACAAGGUCGGGUUAACCCAUCACUGGGCCGUACUGGCAAGCAUACACGUGCGAGUGCCCUACCUCUGAACAAACAGCCACACACACAUAUAUACACACCUCUAUAUACAUUAUAGCCUUAUAACUAGCGCUCCACCUUUUACAACAGAUAAAAUUCUCAGUUUUAAGUUAUUAUGAACGACUGAAUGAAUCUGACAGAAAAUUAAGCUGUAGAGGGUAUGCGAAAUACAUUUCAGAAUAAAACCGGAAAAAAAAAACUGAAGCCACCCACGUUAAAUCCUGUAGCACAGCUCGACAUGAUUUACUGAAUAAACAUGCAACAGUUCAAACAAACAAGGAACACCAUAUGAAGACCAAAAAGGGAUAUUUGGUGGGGAUGGGUGAGAACAAGCAGAACCCAGACUCCAGUUACACAGAUCCCAACAGUGACAUUGAGGACCUGCCCACUUUUACCUUCUUGCAGGAGAGGCCUGUCAUCAAGCAGCCUGAACUAGUCAUCAUAGAGACCCCAGCCUCUGCUGGUUCUGUUGCAUUCCCCUCCAGUGCAAAGGAAGAGGCCACCAUGAUCAGCAGUGAGAGUGAAGAGGAAGUAUUUGUGCCUCUUUCAGAAAGGCUGAAGGGACGAAUCGGAGACAGCCAUGAAUCCAAGGGAAGUGGGACCCUUCAGCCUAUUGAGCUCCCAAACCCCUAUCCAGUUAGCGGCCUUGAAAAUGUGGUGCCACUGAGGAAAAGUGUUUCAUCAGCAUUCACCAGCCAGCCUGUCCUGGGAUUGAAGGGGGCAACAGAAGUUUGGGACUUCUCCGAUUCUGAGGAGGAGAAUGAAGCACUGAACUCAAGGGGACCCUGUCUCUACAAAUCAGCCAGUGCUCGUCCUGUCUCCCCAGAGGAGCAUGGCUUGCCAGUAAUGACAGCAGUGACAUCAGAGCUCACCCCCCUGAAGAGGAAGCCAGUGAAGCGCAGCAAGGCGCAGAUAGAGGAGGCCAGGUUGGAAGCACUGUGGAAGAGGACAGAGAAGGACAGACAGAGGGCUGAGAGGGAAAAUAAGAAGCAGGAGCUGGAGCAGGAAAGGGCGAAGAAGAAAGCUAUGGCUGAUUUAGUAAAAGCCCUGAGGCCAGAGGAAUGUCUGAAGUACUUGGUGGCCACUAUCGAUCCAGCUCUCUUGCAGGUGGAAGGCGGAGGGCAGCUGCUCACCAUGCUGCAGGCUCUGGGCUGUAGCUGUGCCAUUGAGAGCCAGGCAGUGCCUUACAGUGUCACCUGGAGACGCAGGGUCACCCUCACACAGGGUGAAGAAGCAGAGUCUGUUCCUGAGCCCCAUGUUGUGAUCCACGUGCCAAUGGAAGAUUUUGUCUACAUGGUCCACAGCUAUAAACAGGAGCAGCAAGGCUGUGCCCCCGAUAGUGGCCCGUCUCUGAUCAGCUGGACGCACAGCAUUGUAGGGAUGAGCGCAGGCAGGACUCCAGCACUGGCCGUUGUUAACAUGGAGAAGUACUUCAGGUCCCAGAACUCUCAGAACCAGAAGAAACAUCGUCAAGCUGUGCUAGGGAAGGGGGAGGGUACAAAUAAACGAAAGAGGAGGAAAGAGGGAGAGCUGUUGCCAGAUGUGUCCCGGGUGGACUUGGAAGAGGCACUAGUGGACCUGCAGCUGCACACAGAGGUUCAGGUUCGCUUCCUGGAGACCUGGAAAGAGUUUUCUGAUUACAUUGCUAUGGUAACCAAAGCUGUGGCUGAAGCACCAUUCAACCGCUCAUUGUGUUGUGCAGGCAUGAGCGUGACCAAGCAGGUUUCUCCUUCUACCUGGAGAGCGAGUGGUCGGGAGGGUGCAAGGUGGACCGCAGUGGAAAGGGACUCAUUCAGGUGUGGAAGAGGCAGAUCCAACAGUUUAACCGCAUCAGCCCCGAAAUUGCCAGUGCCAUCCUGGCUGCAUACCCCUCACCACAGCUGCUUGUCCAGGCAUAUCGUAAAUGCAGCUGUGAUCGGGAGAGGCACACCCUUCUUGCAGAUAUUCUAGUUCGCCGAGGUGAGGGGGUGACUUCAACAUCUCGCCGUGUCGGACCAGAGCUCUCCAAGCGCAUUUAUUUACUAAUGACAUCGCUUGACCCUGAGCUGUCAUUGGAGGCCACAGGCUAGACGACGAAGCCAGAAAUACAGAAGCAGACACUUUGUUUAGAGCAGGGAAACUAAGGGCAGAUUUGUUGCUGGUUUGAUAAGUUCAUAUGUUUUCAUCUUCCUUAUUUGUAACCUCUAAAAUAAUUCAUGACAUGUUGAAAACUACUAAUUCAAAAUUAUUUCUUUUACAUUUUGUGUAAUAUUUAAUAAUAAUAAAAAAACAAAGUCUGGUAUUA